AAGAGCAUACGCCAUUUUUCACAUUUGUCCACUUUUAGGUUCCCAUCAAGAUCAAUCUGUCUCUAUAUUUAGGCUACCAUAAGUGUGCAUUAUUAACUAAUUAAUACAGUUUAGGGCUAACAAAUUUGUCCUGGAUAACUACUUUCAUUUGUAGCAGGCAAGUAUGUAAAGUUUAUGUCAAAGUUAGCCUAUAAGAUAGCUCUCAUCGCACCCAAUGACUGCAAGAGGCAUCCCUCUCUCUCUCUCUCUCUCUCUCUCUCUCCCUCUCCUCUCUCUCUCUCUCUCUCUCUCUCUCUCUCUCUCCUCACACGAAGAGCAAGUUGCAACAGGAACUCAACUUCUUAAAUCUCAUCUCGGAGACCUGCAUCCCAAAGCGGUGCAAUCAGCUCUGAAGCCCGGCGCGACGGAGCAGAUCUCUGGACGUGUUUUACAAUGGGUCCGGAUCUCGCGUUACGAUCCAUCGGAGGAGGAAAGCUCAAGUUUACGCUAAACGCGUUACGCUAGACGAUCCGCGCUGCAGAUGGAUGUUCAGAGACGUGCACCGGUUUAUCCGACAGUUUAUGAGAACGCUCGCAACGCGUCGUUUGCAAGUUUAGCGCGAUGUGGAAACGCGAGGCUUGUUUUUGACUUCUGCCCACGAUCCGACGGUUCGGCUGACCUUUACGUAACUAUGAUUUAACUGAAGGCGCGUUCGUCUGCGAUCUUGCCCGCGAGCAUCAUCCGUGGAAAGCACCUGGAGGACUCCAUCAGCGGCUACAGCAUCACCAAUGGCGUGAUCAUCCGGUUCACUGUCUUUGCAAUGGAUGAUAAAUCCAACAAACUCCUUUUAGUUCCCGUUUUGACCGUUUUGUUUGUCAUGAUCGGCUAUCAGUACAUCUGUCCAGCGGGGAGCACGUCUUGUCGGUUCGGCAACGGAGAGAGUUUCCCGUUCUCGGUGUAUCCGGCAGACGUCAAGAGAGAGUCUCCGGAUUCGGACGAGGACGCCCCGUUCAGAUUCCCGUCCAAAUUCAACUUCACGCGCGAGGACCUCUAUCGCCACGUGGAUUUCGACAUCAAGGGGAACGACGUGAUCGUGUUCCUCCACAUCCAGAAGACCGGAGGAACGACGUUCGGGAGGCACCUGGUGCGCAACAUCCACCUGGAGCGACCGUGCGACUGCCGCUCCGGACAGAAGAAGUGCACGUGUCACCGGCCCGGUAAAGCGGAGUCGUGGCUCUUCUCGCGCUUCUCCACGGGAUGGAGUUGCGGUCUCCACGCGGACUGGACCGAGCUCACGAACUGCGUCCCCGCUGUGAUGAAUAAAAAGCAAAAGAAAGACGCGCCAUUGAACAGGCGGAACUUCUACUACAUCACGCUGCUGCGGGACCCCGUGUCUCGUUACCUGAGCGAGUGGAAGCACGUGCAGCGCGGUGCCACGUGGAAGACGGCACUGCACAUGUGCGACGGGCGUCCUCCCACUCCAGACGAGCUGCCGGCCUGCUACAGCAGCGAAGACUGGACCGGCGUGUCUCUGGAGGAGUUCAUGGCCUGUCCCUCCAACCUGGCCAACAACCGGCAGACUCGCAUGCUGGCCGAUCUCAGCCUGGUGGGCUGCUACAACCUGUCCUCCAUGAGCGAAGAGCGGCGGGCCGAGCUGCUCCUCAGCAGCGCCAAGCGCAACCUGCUCCGCAUGGCGUUCUUCGGCCUAACCGAGUUCCAGCGCAAGACACAGUUCCUUUUUGAGAGGACGUUCGGCUUGCACUUCAUCACCGCCUUCACUCAGAUUAACGGGACUCGGGCGGCCGGGGUCACGGUUGGGACGUCCACCCGGAGGCGCAUAGAGGAGUUAAACGCGCUAGACAUGCAGUUGUACGAAUAUGCGCGGGAGCUUUUCUCGAGGCGCGUGCAGUACUGCCACCAUCAGGAGCGGCAGGAGGAGAGAGAGAGGAAACGACAGCAACGCAGGAGAACGAAGGAACAGAAAGCGGCACAGAUUCAACUGCAGGAGAGCGAAGAGCGAAAAGACGUGGAGCAGGAAAAUACGGAGUUAACUGGGGUGACGGAGGACUACAGCAGUCAGGUGGUGAGGUGGUGAUGCUGUGCUCUCUGGCUAUGUUCAGAAUAACAUACUAACAUCCUGCUCUGUCUCAGUAGUGCAUAGUGUGCAUACGCUUAAAGGAACACGCCACUUUUUUUGAAAAUAGGCUCAUUUUCCAAAUCCCCUAGAGUUAAACUGUUAAACUUUACCAUUUUUUAAUCCAUUCAGCUUCUGGUCUUGAGGUAGCACUUUUAGCUGUAGCUUAGCAUAGAUCAUUGAAACCGAUUAGACCUUUCGCAUCACGCUCAAAAAUGACCAAAGAGUUUUGAUAUUUUUCCUAUUUAAAACUUGACGCUUCAAUACUUAUGUCAUGUACUACGACCAACGGAAAAUGAAAAGUUGUGAUUUUCUAGACUGAUAUGACUAGCAACUAUACUCUCAUUCCGGCGUGAUGCUAACGGUUUAAUCAGAUUCGAUGAUCUGUGCUAAGCUACAGCUAAAAGUGCUACCGCCAAACCCGGGGAUCGGCUGAAUAGAUUCAAAAGUUGGAAAAUUAGCCUAUUUUUUUUUUAAAAGUGACGUUUUGCAAAAGGAGGUUUUUCAGUGAACCAUACUGGGUUCCCCAAUAAACCUUUCAGUGAACAGUUCUUACAAUAACCUUACAAUUUCUUAGUUUUAAGAACAUUUUAAUCAUUUAAAAUUCCACAAUUAAGAACCCUUCAUAGAAUGGAAAGGUUCUAUGGAUGUUAAAGGUUCUUCAUGGAACAUUUCAUUUGAAUAAAGAACCUUUAAGGGUACACAUUUCUCUAAAUGUGCAUUCGACAAAUGUUUCUCAGCUGUUUUCUCUUUCAAAUAGCACCAAUCAAGUUGCACUGAAGUAAGCAAAAAUUUGUUCUUUCUUUCUGUAUUUAUUUAUGUCCCCUAAGGGCAAUUGGUUUUACAGCAAGACCAGCAUAAAAAAGACAAUUACAAUGAAUAUCGCAAUAAAAAACAUUAGUAAAAAUAAAAGAAAAACUACCUUAAAAAAAUAUAUAUUUUUUAAUUAACUGCAUAAAUCUUCAACUAUCUCAAUACCUUUCAUGAAUGUUGGAAAAGGUUAUUUGGAUUUUUAAAAUGUUCUUCACACUAAGAAACUAAAAAACGCUUAUUUUAAGAAGAGUGAAAGAAGUAAAAGUUCGAAGUGGUUAUUCUGUUCCAUCGCUGCGAAGGCCUCCUUUUGCAGACUUUAUUUUUAAGAGUGUGCAAAAUUAUAAACAUGAUGCAUACAGAAAUGGAUGAUCCUGUCAGAUGGAGCAAAACAAAUGUGGAAGGUGAGGGGAUUUUUUACUUGACAAAUGUGGUGCAGUGGCCAAAUAUGUCCAUCUGAUGCAUGUUUACAUAGCUCAGUCGUUUAAAAAUAGCACAGAUGGAGCACAAAAACACGUCAUGUGAAUGGGCUCGAAGCACUAUGUGCUUCACCUGCAUUGACAGAGCAUCAUCUCCACAUACUUUUCACUUUGCAAUGGCGUGCUUGUUUGUCGCUCUGCAAUUUAUUUUGCUAUCGUAACCUCAUUAUAUACUUGCUGCAAAGGUGAAAUAGUUAAAAUUGAGAUGAGAAAGUUAAUGCAACAGGUUUAACUUGAUUUUUUUUUUAAAAAACAAAAAACAUAUGUAUAGAUAAUCGAGUAAGUCUUUCAAUAAUGCCUUUUUGCAUAUGAAUUAUGAUAGUAUUUGUUAGUAUUUGUAUUUAGCUUUGUUUCCACCACAAAAAACAACCUUUGAUUGCUGCCCACCAGUUGAGAACCACCGCAAGGAAUGAAUCAUACAUAAUGAAUCAUGUAUUGUUGGAUAUUGGAUGUUGUAUGUCUGGUUUUGUGGUCAGCGCUCACAUUUAAUUUCCUAGGGUUUUGCGUUUAGAUUAGGGUUCAAUUUUAGAAAACCGGUUACCACUGCUGUGUAAGUGCUUAAAAAAUGACACAAAAUUUGACAUUUUUUUCUCAUCUGACCAACAUAAUCUUUAGAUAUUCCCUACUUUUGGAUAGCCGUAGAAUUAGCAUUUUUUAGGAGGAAAUGCGGAAAAUUAAAUUGGUGUAGUUUCCAUUCGCCACUAUGGAUGUUUACCCAUAGAAGUCAAGCGUAGCAUUAGUUCUGGCACUUUAGUGAAGCUUGCAUCAACAGCCUCAGCUCAGAUUGGACACCUAUCACAGCACCUAUAAAUAAGGUCCUUCAGUAUUAUCACCAGCUUUUGCGAUGCUCAGUAGCUACUUUCCCUUUCUCCUUCCCAGCUCCUCCUCUCAUAUCCUCAAUCUGGCAAGCCGCACAAGCGCCAAGUCUGAGUAGGAGACUCUACAACAUUUUGAAUCGUAUUCGGCCUUUGAAUCAGACUAAUUUUAUUAGUCUUAUUCAGUAAACUGUAAUUGAGUAUAUAUCUGUAAACCUGUUUCUCUGAAAAGCAAUGCUACAGCCAUUGUAUUCCAUGUUUUUGUUUUUAUUUGUGUGAUUCUGACCACAGCAGAUUUACCUGAUUUAUCAACCUGGGUUGCCAGUUAGCACAAAACACAACUUACUACUAGACUGCAGAUUCUGCCUGGCCUAACCUCCUUUUUACAUCCAUCUAUAACCAGAGCCAUAGUAAAACUCAAGCUGAUGAGUGCAGCUUACUAUGCCUCGUCUCCUUCCAUGUUGCUCUCCUGUUGCGUGUCCUCAAUCUGGCAACCCGCAUUAGUGUCAAGUAUUACAUUCAUUAUUACAUACUGCACUUUAAAAUUCACUUGUUGCAUUUAAAAGAAAAAAGUAUUUUGUGUUUUAUAAUUAAGGUAAAAUAGUAUAGCAUUUGCCAUUACGUGAAUAUGAUUGGCUUAUUGGCUUUUCAGUAUAGAAAGAGAAUUUCAAUAUCGAUGCAGUUUUACAUUAUAACAUCUGCUUCUUCACACAUUUUGUUGUUAGUUUGCCAAAGGUUGUAACACUUUUGCACGCAGCAUAAUAUUAAUUUCAGUUUCCAAGUGUAUAACCGUCACGUGACAGCAAUGUAGCAUACUACAAAAACAUUUAUCAUGCAUAAUGUAUGUUGUACUGCACAGGAUUCAGGUAGAAAGCUAGUAUUCUAUUCUGAACAUAGCCUCUGUUUGUUUUCGUCCAUCUUUAUCCUCUCUAACAGCUCUCCUGCUCUUGUGUCCGAUGGUCAGUAAACCCAGGCUCAUUUAAGACCAUCAUAAAAAACUCUCUACCAGCAAUUGUAAUGUUUAAAUCUAUUCUGAUGAAGCCCUGCAGCUUUAUUUUUCUUCUGCAAAUCACAAUAUGGCUGGCUAAAUCAGUUGAAACGAAGAUAUCUUUCCUCACAUGAGACGUUAACCCGUUUAAUCCCACUUUUUUCAGGCAUGAAAAUAUCCAGAUGAUGUGUCAUUAG